AAGCCAAAACCCUUCGUAAUCUGUAUUAAGUUCCAAAGUCCUGUAUGAAGGACUGAGCGAUUGCAGACACUGACCUACUCUCUGCUGGAGUCUAAACUGGAGACAGGCUUAUCCAGGGGUGUGAGGCCACAAUGGCUCUGAAGAAGUCCCUCAUGCUGUUCCCACUGCUAGUCCUGCUGCUCCUGGUGCUGGGGUGGGUCCAGCCAUCCCUGGGUAAGGAGUCCCCGGCCAAGAAGUUCCUGCGGCAGCACAUGGACUCAGAAGGUUCUUCCGACAACACCUCCACCUACUGCAACCAAAUGAUGACACGCCGGAACAUGACGAAGGGCUGGUGCAAGGCAGUGAACACCUUUGUGCACGAGUCCCUGGCAAGCGUCCAGGCUGUCUGCUUCCAGGAAAAUGUCACCUGCAAGAAUGGGAAUACCAACUGCUACAAGAGCACCAGCAGCAUGCACAUCACAGACUGCCGCCUCACCGGCAGCUCCAAGUACCCCAACUGCGCCUACCGAACCAGCCAGAAACAGAGACACAUCAUUGUGGCCUGUGAGGGGAGUCCGUACGUGCCUGUCCACUUCGAUGCCUCUGUGGAGUCUUCCACCUAAGGCCAGAGCAGAGAUGCCCACCUUCUCCCUCAUCAUUUCAGUACCUGCCUGAUGAGGUUCAAAUGGUGAUAUCCCAAAGUGAAGGCCUUGGAACCCUCCGGAGAAGCAGCUUCUCUCUGACCUUCUCCUGUCCUUCUGACUCUGGCUCCUGUUCUCCCCAAAGACAAAAUAUAGAAACUAAAAUUCCUCUUCCCCAAGGGAGGUCUUAUGAACCAGAACUCCUUUCCAAUCAUAAAAACUAAAAGUAGUACUCUAACAUCUCCCCCUAUUCCCAUCUCUUUUGUGUAAUAACAGCUGGUCUUAAGAAAUUAAGAUUCUCAUUCUGUAACUGGGGCCUGCUUAGUGAAACUGACUCCAUCUUGUUAAAAUAAAAAAAUGGUUUCUCUCGAUACUCUUUGAGGUUUCUCACAGGAACUCCAAGGAGACAAAUGGCCAACCAGAAGCUGAAACGAUGAGAACGUUACACCCCAGCAACAGGCUGAAACUCUUGUCUUUGAAGAUGGAUCAUUUGAUUGUACCUCUUAGCUAAGACUGAAACUCUUGUCCCAGAGACAAAUUACUUGAUUGUACCCCCAGCUAAAAAUUAAACUUGUCUAUGCUUUCCUGUAGAUGGCUGUAAGCCACAUAGCAACCCCCUUCCCCUAUAAAAGCACCCGCAAAUCAGCUGACUGAAGGUAUCCUUACACGUCUUCCUGGUGUGGCCAUACUGUAAUAAAUUUUCCUUUCCUCUCUUAUCAACAA